AAAACAAUCACUGCCAUCCAAGAGAUUCCUCCAGCAUCGUAUUAGCUUGAAAAUACAUACAUUGUUUGACUCACGAACUGCUAUAAUCAGACAUUAUAGUAUAUCCCGUCACAAGAAAUUACAACUUCGCUUCUUGCUGUAAUAUAUAUGUUGAGGAUCAUCAGUGAAGAAAGCAGAGAACUGUAAGCAAAAAUCUCAUGGCUUCUUCGCCGGCCACAAACUGCCCGCCGUUCGAAUUCUCAGCAAAGUAUUAUCAUGAAGACGGCGGAGGUUGUUUCAGGCAGGCCAGUUUCUUUGAAGGAAAGGCUGUGCUCAAUCAGGGUGUUGGGUACUCCGUGAUUCUUGGAUUCGGGGCUUUUUUCGCUGUCUUUACCUCUUUCCUGGUGUGGCUGGAGAAGAGGUAUGUGGGUUCUCGUCAUACGUCAGAAUGGUUCAACACAGCAGGUAGGAAUGUUAAAACAGGGCUGAUUGCAAGCGUGAUUGUGUCCCAGUGGACUUGGGCUGCUACAAUCUUGCAGAGUUCCAACGUUGCCUGGGAGUAUGGAAUUAGUGGUCCUUUCUGGUAUGCAAGUGGAGCUACCAUCCAGGUGCUCUUGUUUGGUGUAAUGGCCAUUGAGAUCAAAAGAAAAGCUCCUCAUGCUCAUACUGUUUGUGAAAUUGUGAAAGCAAGAUGGGGAACUGCCGCUCAUAUUGUCUUCCUAACAUUUUGCUUCAUGACAAACAUCAUUGUUACGGCCAUGCUUCUUCUUGGCGGAUCCGCAGUUGUGAAUGCUCUCACUGGAGUGAACAUUUAUGCUGCAAGUUUUCUCAUACCUCUCGGUGUUAUAGUCUACACACUAGCAGGAGGGUUAAAAGCCACGUUCUUGGCAAGUUACAUUCAUUCUGUAAUAGUGCAUGUGGUUUUAGUCAUCUUUGUAUACCUAGUCUAUGUUGCUAGCAAUGAACUUGGCAGCCCAAGCACUGUUUACCAACGUUUGCUCGAAGUUUCCAGUAAAGCACGAAGCUGUCAGGAUCCAAUUUCUCAUGUUGGCCAAUCUUGUGGUCCAGUUAACGGCAACUAUAAAGGGUCGUAUGUCACAAUGUUGAGUUCUGGAGGUCUUGUUUUUGGCAUCAUCAACAUUGUUGGGAAUUUCGGUACCGUUUUUGUUGAUAACGGAUAUUGGGUAAGCGCCAUUGCGGCAAGACCAUCAUCAACGCACAAGGGCUACUUGUUGGGAGGAUUGGUAUGGUUUGCUGUGCCGUUUUCUUUGGCAACAUCACUCGGUUUAGGAGCAUUAGCCCUUGAUCUACCGAUAACUGCAACUGAGGCGAGCCAUGGACUUGUUCCUCCUGCCACUGCAAUUGCUUUGAUGGGAAAAGGCGGAUCGGUGCUUCUCCUCACAAUGCUCUUUAUGGCUGUAACAUCUGCUGGUUCCUCUGAACUGAUUGCUGUUUCUUCAUUAUGCACGUAUGACAUCUACCGUACUUACAUUAAUCCCGAUGCUAGUGGGAAACAAAUCCUAAAAGUGUCGAGGAUAGUUGUUCUAGUCUUCGGAUGUUUGAUGGGAAUCUUAGCUGUGAUACUGAACAAGGCUGGAGUUUCUCUUGGUUGGAUGUAUUUGGCAAUGGGAGUGUUCAUUGGAUCUGCAGUUCUUCCCAUAGCUUUCAUGCUUCUGUGGAGAAAAGCAAAUGCAACAGGUGCAGUUCUUGGUACGGUUACUGGUUGUCUGCUUGGAAUUAUAACUUGGUUGACGGUUACAAAGGUAGAAUACGGGCGGGUGAACCUUGACACAACCGGAAGAAACGCACCAAUGCUUGCUGGAAACUUGGUUUCUAUACUUGUAGGUGGAGGUGUUCAUGCUGGAUGCAGCUACAUUUGGCCUCAGGACUAUGACUGGGAGACGACUAAACAGAUUACCGUUGUCGAGAAGGAGAAGAGCGAGUUAUCAGCUGACGAGUUCAAGGAGGAGAAGCUGAUUAGAGCAAAGAGAUGGAUAGUGAAAUGGGGCGUUGGCUUCACUUUAGUCAUUGCUGUCUUGUGGCCUAUUCUUACUCUCCCGGCAGGGCAAUUCAACACGGGAUACUUCACAUUCUGGGCAGUGAUAGCUAUUGCAUGGGGAACAAUUGGUUCGGCAGUAAUUAUCAUUUUGCCGCUGGUGGAAAGCUGGGAGACGAUCCAGAACGUCCUGCUCGGCAUGUCCACUAAUGAUAGGUUAGUCGAAAAGAUCGAAGAGCUGAAUUUCAAGCUGCAGACCAUCAUAUCAGCAAUGCCAGAAGCUGAAAGAAUCUACUUACUUGAGAAAGAGAAGGCCAAGAAGAAAGAAGCAUCAGAAAUAGAAGUUCAGAUUAAAUAACUUCAUGCACAUGUUUUAGGACAUAUAAACUUGUUUGAAUCCAAUGUUAAGGCCAACUAUAUCCUUAACCUAUAUACUAAGUCCGAGGAAAAAGGCCAGCUUGUUCAAACGAAAAAUUUUAGGUCGGAUCAAAUUCAUUUAAACGCGAAAAGCCCACA